UUUUCUCGAAAACACUUUAAUACCUACCUUGCAACAACAAAAUCUCCCGACUAAGGUAUACCCAAAAUCAUGUCUCCUCGAAUCCGAUCCUUUAGCAAACUGGUAUUAGAGCUCGACUCGGCUUUGAAAGCAUUUCAGAGCUCAGAUGCCAAGUUUCGAGUCUUGAAGACUGUAUAUCCUCCUUCUCGUUCUCGAGGAGAAGAAAGAGCAGAGGAAGGAAAAGAGGAAGAAGAAGAAGAAGAAGAAUACUACGAAGACCUCUCAUCACCAUUACCACCACCCAAAACCCUCUUCAUCCUAGAUUCCUCCUUUAAUCCCCCUUCCAUCGCUCACGCAGCACUCGCCCAAUCUGCCUUUUUGGAUGAUUGCAAUUCUUCUUCGCAGCAGCAGCACCAAAAAAAAGAACAUGAAUUCCCUCAUCGACUUUUACUCCUCUUUGCAGUCACCAAUGCAGAUAAAAUUGCUGCUCCGGCUUCUUUUGAACAUCGAUUGGCUAUGAUGACUUGUUUUGCGAGGGAUUUGCAGGAUUUUUUUUGCGAAUUCCAUCAUCAACCCAUGGCAAUCGACAUCGGAGUCACCAAAUAUCCUUUUUACACAGACAAAUCUCGCGCAAUCGAAUCCGAACAAGGACAAAAAUUCUACCCUACUCACCCACGCCACAUUCAUCUUCUCGGCUAUGACACUCUGACGAGAAUUUUCACCGCGAAAUAUUACAUUCAACAACAACAACAAUUCGAUCCGCCGUUUGCUGCUCUUCAACCUUAUUUCGAUAAAGGGUAUGAAUUGCGUGUUACGUUGCGACCAGAUUCUACUUCUUCAUCCUCCUCUUCUUCUGUCGAAAAGGAAGAUCAGAAAACCUCCUUCCUCCAAACCCUCACAGACCCACGUGGAGAAAUGCAAAAAAACGGCGCACAAGCACUCUGGGCUCGACAGAUUGAAUUUGUGUCUCCACAAGAUGCGGAAAUGGGAGUGAGUAGUACGAGGAUUCGAGAGGCGGUGGGAAAGGGUGAGUGGGAGGUUGUGAGGGAGUUGUGUACGCCGAGGGUGGCGAGGUGGGUGGAGAGGGAGGGGUUGUAUUUGGGAGAGGAAAGGAACGGAGGAAGGAAAAAAUAA